GCUCGCCACGCUUCGGGCACGGUGGCAAGCGACGCUCCGCUUCGCUCGCCACCUAAUUACUAAAGGUAAUAGUUGGUGGUGUGGAUACUAGAGCAUCUGUACCGCUGUCGUAGCUCCUCCCCCUUGUGUCGUGGCUCCUCCCCUGACGGAAAAGGUCCCUUAGGCCACUUGGAUCUAGCCUCAACCGAUUAAAACGGAUCACGGCGCACUUCCUAAGAUGUCAAAUGUGUAGAAUAAAUGGCGUCCAAAGUGACAGAUGCAAUAGUUUGGUACCAGAAAAAGAUUGGAGCAUAUGACCAGCAAAUAUGGGAGAAAUCUGUGGAACAAAGGGAAAUAAAGUUCAUUAGAUUGGGUUUAAGAAACAAACCAAAGAAAACUGGACAUGUAAAGCCUGACCUAAUUGAUGUGGAUCUUGUCCGAGGAUCCGCAUUUGCAAAAACGAAACCAGAAAGCCCGUGGACAUCUUUAACAAGGAAAGGAAUAGUUCGAGUUGUUUUUUUUCCCUUUUUCUAUAAAUGGUGGCUUCAAGUUACUUCAAAGGUCAUUUUCUAUUGGUUGCUACUUCUAUAUCUUCUUCAAGUUGCCUCAGUAGUAUUAUUCUCCAUUUCACCCGGGCCUCACUGUGUACCCAUCACUGAAGUAAUUGGACCAAUAUGGUUGAUGCUUUUGCUUGGAACAGUGCAUUGUCAGAUUGUAUCAACAAGGACUGUUAAAUCUCCUCCAAUCAUUGGUGGAAAAAGAAGAAGGAAAUUAAGAAAAGCAGCACAUUUGGAAGUACAUAGGGAAGGAGAUGGCUCUAGUACUACAGAUAAUACACAAGAAGGGACUUUGCAGAACUACGGUACAAGCACCUCUAACAGUAUUGGCGCAGUCUUCAGAGAUUUCUGGCAUGCUGCUUUCUUUUUAUCAGGUUCAAAGAAAGCCAAAAAUUCCAUGGACAAAUCUACAGAAACUGACAAUGGUUACGUGUCAUUAGAGGGGAGAUUGACAGGUAAAAGCAGCGAAGAUGGGGUUCAAGUGCAUGAGCCUCACAGUGAAACAGUCCACUCGGAAGAGGCUACAUGGGUGCCUGGAACAAACAGGAGUCAUCAUACUCAGACCAAGGCAAUGUACAGCAAAACCAAAAUGGAAGUGCAAAGAUCCCUAGCUAAUGUGUCUGAUGAGGUCUCCAGUGAAGAUGAUCCAAGCACAGGAUUCACAGCCAGACGUAACAUGACCCGUCUUCAUGGUGACAGUACACUCAGGAACAGAAAGUCUCAUCAUUAUAAAAAGCACUAUACAGCAGAGGACAUUCAAAAAUCAGGAACCAGUUGUAGUUCUCGCUGCUCAAGCUCUCGGCAAGAUUCAGAAAGCACCAGACCAGAGUCUGAAACAGAAGAUGUUCUCUGGGAAGACCUGCUGCACUGUGCAGAGUGUCGCUCUUCCUGCAGCAGUGAGACGGAUGCCGAUGCGAAUCAUGGAAACAUGUGCCUGAAAAGGGAAUUUAGAGAUGACCCUUUCCACCAGAGUCACUUACCUUGGCUGCAUAGCUCUAAUCCAGGACUUGAAAAAGUUAGUGCUAUAGUGUGGGAGGGAAAUGACUGCAAGAAAGCAGAUAUGUCUGUGUUAGAGAUCAGCGGAAUGAUCAUGAACAGAGUAAACAGCUACACCCCAGGAAUUGGAUAUCAGAUAUUUGGAAACUUAAUCUCUCUCAUCCUCGGUUUGACACCAUUUGCCUUCAGACUGUCUGAAUCCAGGGAUUUGGAACAGCUGGCCACACUGUCUGCCACAGAACUUUAUAUUGUCGCUUUUGGUUCCAGCAACGACAUCAUGGUCAUUUCCAUGGUGGUUAUUAGUUUUGUCGUCCGAGUUUCUCUGGUCUGGAUUUUCUUUUUCUUGUUAUGUGUAGCAGAAAGGACCUACAAACAGAGAUUAUUGUUUGCUAAAUUAUUUGGACAUUUAACAUCUGCCCGGAGAGCUAGAAAGUCUGAAGUUCCACAUUUCCGUCUAAAGAAGGUUCAGAAUAUAAAAAUGUGGCUAUCUCUUCGCUCAUAUUUAAAGCGAAGAGGACCCCAACGUUCAGUUGAUGUAAUAGUUUCAUCCGCUUUUUUACUGACCAUAUCAGCAGUAUUUAUUUGCUGUGCGCAGCUUCUACAUAUUCAUGAAACCUUUCUGGAGUGUCACUACAAUUGGGAACUAGUCAUCUGGUGCAUUUCAUUAACACUUUUUUUAUUGAGAUUUGUUACACUUGGAUCGGAAACCAGCAAAAAAUAUAGCAAUACCUCAAUAUUGUUGACUGAACAGAUUAAUUUGUACUUGAAAAUGGAGAAGAAACCAAACAAGAAGGAAGAGCUGACACUUGUCAACAAUGUCUUAAAAUUAGCAACAAAGUUGUUGAAAGAACUUGACAACCCCUUUAGGUUAUAUGGUCUUACAAUGAAUCCUCUGCUUUACAAUAUCACCCAGGUAGUCAUCCUGUCUGCUGUGUCUGGUGUUAUUAGUGAUCUGCUGGGAUUUAAUCUGAAGUUAUGGAAGAUCAAAUCCUAAUACUGAACAGAGUCCUUUUUCUACCAGUUCUCUGGAGCAAGAUUACAUUUUUCUGACAAGAUAUAAGCUGCCUCACAGCGGUAACUGUGCUUAUGUUCAGAAGCCGAGGACUGUGGCAAGACAUUUUUCAUAACUGAAGUGUUUACGUGUGACUGACUUGUGCAAUUUCUUUAUUUAUUUUACCUUGUCAGUGUUCAUUAAUUUUUAUUUUAGAUAUCUAUAUAUUCGUUUAGCUGCCAUCUGCCUAAGAUAUCUGGGCAUGCUCAGUCCAUCAGGGGAAGGCAAGCACAUGCUUCAUCAACCAAUGGAGAGGCAUAAAUUUGCCUUCUCCUAAUCUGUUUUUGUUUUUUUAAUUUAAUUUUGAGAGUUUUUUUCCUCUUGUGACGGCACGUGUGAUUUUAAAGUGGCAAAGAAAAUGGAUGUCAUCAACAAGAACUUUUAAUUUAUGCUUAAUACUGACUUACAAAUAGUCAAAAUUAUUUGUUUUUAUGGCAUUUAAGUGUCUUUUUGGUUAAGACAGUGUAACAAAUUGGUUACAGAAUCGAUACCUGGUGGUUCAAGGGGAGCAAUCACAAUUUUCCAUUUCUCAUAAUCCUUUACAUGUGUUGUUGAGUCAUGUAGUCCAAUAUCUCAAACGGUGUCAGGUUAGACAUACAUCUUUAUUCAUUCUUUAACCACUUAACUGACAAUUAUUUUCCCUUUAAAACUCUUCAUAACAUUAUUUUUUAUUAUUUUUUUUUAUUUAAUAAAGAUUAAAGUGAGUUGUUUUUUUAAAUAUUAUAUUAUACACAUCUGCAGAAUGUAUAUCCUCUUCAAAAACUGGGGGACACAGUGGGACAGCACAGUCGCAUGUGAUCUAACCAUGCCAGUUAAGUGUUUAAGGAAUGCAUUUUGUGUUUGUCAAACUUUAAAAUAAUUCAGUUGGUUACCAUCUGAAAACGUACAUUGUAUUCCCUAUCAGAGAUAUUAUUACAUUUCAGUGUUCAGUCUACUGUGGAAUGUAUAGAACAUGUUGACUUCCUGAAUGCAAAAGUAUAUACCAUCAAGAAUGCCCUGACUAGAUUUUAGAGCAGUUAUUCCCAAACUUUUUUCAAUCAUGGCACCCUAGAGUAUCAGAAUAAAUUUGAAGGUACCACUAUUCCACAAGUUUCUUACAGAAAAAUUAAAUUAAGUAAAUUGCGUAUAUACAGUAUGUAAUCCUUAGGUUCAAUUAUUUGGUGAGGGACAAGAUUCACUUUGGUUUGUACAGUACACAUAUUUGUGGUUGACAGCCACCAGCUCUGGCUUUGCGUAUAACACUGGCGAUAAAUAAUUUGAAUUGGUCCUAGAGCACCAAUCUAAGGCACCCCUGUAAGUUAUCUCGAUGCACCCCAGGGUGCCAUGGCACACAAUUUGGGAACCAUUGAUUUAGAGCUUAAAUAUUAAACUUUUGCAAUUAUAACAAAUGAGAUCUUGGCCAGCGUUUAUAAUUUAGUCGCCAACCAAUGCUAACAUUUCCUUGCAGGUGAGAGGUUAAUUAGUAGAAAUCUAAAGUGUUACCCUGAUCCUUUCCAGAGAUGAUCGUUCAUAAUACAUUAUCUGAAAAAGACAGUAAUAACUAAAGAUAGUAAUGUUAAAAGCAAAGUCAUGAUCAGAACUUGUUAUAAUCCACCUUAAACCACCUUACACUGAGUUAAUAUUAUUUUAAAAGGUUAAAUAUGCUCCUUAAUGAACUGCUAGUAUAGCAAUAAUUGUACAUGGCUACUAUCAUGUAUGAUUUGUAUGUUCUAUAAUGUACUUAUGACAAGUGUAUUUAUUAAACACUUUUUUGCAGUACUGUUGCAGAUGAGCACCUUUUAGUGUUACAUGUAUAUGCCUUGUCUUUAUUUAAAUUCAAUUUUGUUAUUUUGAACAGUUUUGUUAUAUGCUACAAAGGUAGUUCUGUCUAAUGCCAUUUCACAGGUUUGCGUUUCACAACUUAUAAAUGGUAUCUUGCUAUCCCAAUGCAUUUCUGAAAAAUGAUGCAAACAGGCAUUGCACAAAAAUACAUUUCUGGAUUUAGGCCUAGAGGUUUUGUUUCAAAUAUUAAGCUGACUUGGGUAAAUGCAGAAUCUGUAUUAUUUAAUAUUUGCUCCAUUAUAGGUUUAUGUUUAUUUUAUUUUAAAAAAAAAUAUAUAUGUGGGUGCCAAAAAAAAAAUAGUAGUAGUUUAUAUUGUACAGUGUUUCAUCCUAAAAUGUCCCCAUUUGCAAACGUGAAUUUAAGUCUCCGUAAAAGUGUUACAUUUUCUGUUCAGCAGUAUUAUCUUUAAAUAUGGGGUGAAUAAUUUCUGUAUGAUGGUAUCACAAAGCAAUACCAAGCUAGACACGUGAAAGUAGAUAUAGGGAGAUCACAAAGUAAAGGACUGAUAAUUUAAUACUAACCACAAAAGGUGAUAUUUAAAAGUAAUUGAUCUGUUGUUUGAGUAUUUAAAUUCUAGUACAAAAUAUACAAAUGCUGAUAUGUGUGAUCUCUUUAUGAAUAAAGAGGGAUUUCUUUUUGUAAGGUUUUUUUUUUUUAAUCGUUUGGUUGUUUGUUAACUGUUAAUCUCGGCCUUUUGCAGUCCUUGUUUCUACCUUUAGAAUUUAAUUUGCAUGCUUAUUUUGGCCAUAUAUUUUGCGUACUGAGCAGUGGGUUAAAGAAACCAUAUAAUCUAAUUCUAGCAAAAAUGUACUAAGCCUUAGAUAUGUGAUAAAGUAGAGAGAGAGAGCGAGCACCAGCCAGUCAGCUCCUAACUGUCGUGUUACAGGUUGUGUUUGAAAAAUGACAGCUAGAAGCUGGUUGGUUGAUAUCUUAUCUCUCCACUUUAUCACUCUCCAAGUGUUACUACAUAUGCCCCUCUGUGUACAAUCUGUAUUAGAAUGUAAAUGGCACUUACCUGCUGUCUUCUAAUGGGUCUAGUGAAGCGUCUCAUUACAACAACCCUCCUCUGCUACGUCAUAAACGUUCUUAUGUUUUAAUGAAUCAGCAUAUAAAGCUUUCUCUCUUUUGUCGUCAGCUAUGAUUACAGAGGAAAUAUGAUGCAGUAGUGGUCAGGAGUUUCAAGGCAGGUUCAAUGUCAUAUAAGGUCUAUUUUGCGCAUUAUGGGGUCUAUUCAAUUGAAGUAGGAACUGCCAUCUAGUCGGAAAGACGGCAAUUUCCAACUUUUUUAGGUCGAAUCAUGAUUCGACCUAUUCAACGGUCCUGCUAUUUUUUAGACGUGUCAGUUCCGUCUUGUCGGAAAACACGUGGAUCGGUGGAUUAGCCGCUGAUCCACGUGUUUUGUCGGAUUUGCAGCCAAAUCUGAAAGGUUUUAUUCCGGUUUUCGACAACGUCAAUCCGACUUUGGCAUUGUCGAAAACGGGCAAAACCAGUCUGAUUUGCCCGUCUAUUCAACGCAUGUCGGAUCCGACAUGCAUUGACUAAACCCCUAAGCCUCUACAAUAAAACUUCACAAAAUGGACUUUCAUUAAAUUAAAGGGUGCUGCUCUAGGCAAUAAAAUAAGCUUUCUAAAUAAACUUGGAUCUAACACACAUUGCAAAAAAUCCUAUAAUUUAAUAUUUUAAACUGACACCUUAAAGGAAAUGUAUUCUUUGGGACACACACAAAAAAAAAAAAAAAACCUUUUAAUCUCUUUAAUCAUAAUAGAAUUAUACAAACUAAGCAAGGUAGAACAAAGUGCUGUUUACAAAAAUCACUACCUGGGAUAAAUGUAGUUGGGUUAAAGGAAAAUAAGUGAACAAAUAGAAAUUUGUAAGAUUAACUUUAUAGCUGCACUACCACCUAGGUAAAAUAUUACGCUAGCCAUGGCUCUGUUUACUGCUACUGUCACCAGGACUCACCAGUUGUGUAGUACAAUCAGCAAAUUUAAGAUAACCAUCUAUAAAUCAUGGUUAAGGGGUGUGUUAGCGGGAUUGCCAAUCACAAACCGCAAUCCCUCCAAUUUUCAUCCAGGGCUUUAAGAAGGGUUUAGAAGUCCCACGAAAAACAGUUGCACAGUGCAGACCCUGGUUUAAUGUCUAUUAUGAAGGGAAACUUUAAUCAAAUCUCUUGAUAAUUGGUGGUAUAAAGAAGUUAUUACGUAUAAAUAGAAAAGUGGAGCAAUAAGUCAGGGUUUGUGAAAGUUCAUUUAGAUUAUGUAUUGCUUCCAGUAUUUUACAGUUCAAUAUGUGCAUGAAGGUCAGAACUGCUACCAGCCAGCUUAAAUGUCCUACUAGAAAUGAUAAAUCACACAUUGGGGAGCAGUUCUUUGUUAUGGUUUAACAAUAUACUGUGUUGGUUAUCUUAUGUAUUAUUCUUUACUCACUGACAUUUCAUUAAUCACCAAUGAUGCUUCAUUUGGUGGUUAACAAGCACUUUAUGUUGGAGGUCAGUGGGGGACAUUCCAUUCACCCUGAUGCUGUCACACACUAAAAGCAAGUAAUUGGAGCAGGCAGCUUUGGAAAAAAAAAACAACAUUAAUGCUCCUGGCCACAAAUACUAGUUAGGGUAGCAGGACUGAUUUACAUGCUUUUACUAGUGUUACGUGCUAGUGAAAUCUUGUAUUCUCAGGACACUGGUAAGAGCCCUGAUAAUCAUUGAUACAGAUGUAUCUAUGCACAAUAUAUUAUAAAUGUAGUGCUCAGAUUGUACAAGAUUCUUACUUGUGGAUUCCCACACACAUACUGCAACAUACGUUUUUAUAUUGUAACUUGUUAAUGACCAAAGUACAUUGUGUGUAGUGGAAAGAAAAGUGUGACAACAUGCUGAUUUCUUGAUGUGCUGCAUUUAUUUUAUGUGUUUGUAGUUUGAUUCUUACGAUAAGCAUUUUAUAAUGACAUUUUUCAAAAUAUGGUACAAGCCUUCACAGAACUACAUUUUGCACAAAAUAUAUAUUUUGGAAAACUAUUGUGUGAAUAGACCACAAGUUAAGGAAUAUGCUGUCAGGUUUUGACCUUCAAUAAAAACAUGAUCAAAUCCA